CGAAGUGCCAAUUGGCCUGGCGGGCAGCAACGGCUGUAGGAAACAGCAUUGACAUCCAUGGAUCUAUUGACGCUGGACCGAACGGCGGUGUUAGGCCCGUGCCUGUCUAUGUCCUCCUUAUUCGAGAUGCGGAAAUCAGAUGGAAAUGCAAAAAUCGGUCAUAGACAUUUGAGAUGCAGCGCAUAUCAUCUGAUGUCUCUCGCUUGUCGUUUUUUUCGUUUCGUUUCAACUAGCUGCCCGCCCUCCAACCGCCGCUGCCGCUCGGCUUUUCGCCCUCUAAAAUCGCCAUCCGCAGGGCGACUGUGCUUAGCCGAGCGGGCCGCUACUAAACGAAAAGCCUCAGCGCUCAAGGCCGCCAAUCCCAAUCCACUUCCAGCACCCUCAAGAGUCAAGACCAUCCACGCCUGGCUAGCCUCAAACCUCAAACCUGAACCCAGACGCCCUGCACCUUGCCGAUGCGCAGAUCGAACCUCGCCAAUGCAUGGAAGGCUUCCAAGCUCACCUGCGGCCAACUGCACGUGCUAAUGUAUGUAUGUGCUCAGUUUCAUGUGUGUGUACUUGCAACGGCGCCAAGGGCCUAAUAAGAGUCUAUGUACCACUCAACCACUGGACCAUCUGCAUGUCGCACUCGACACGCAAUGCAACCACCAUCCAUCUUACCUAUCAAUGUCAAUGGAGAUGUCAAUGGAGAUGUAGAUGUGGCUGCUGAAGCGAGUAGAGGCAGGGAGAACGAGGGGAAAAGGUCUCACGAUCCAGCCUGUCAGCUGCGACUACGGCGUGCGCGAGACGGGAAUUGCCAAUCAAGGCCAUACACCUCGACUUCUAUCAU